UUAUAAUAUUAUUAUUAUUACAUGGAGUCAUGGCAGUUCAAGUGGUGCCAAAGUGGAUUAUUUCUGCAGUGCAGAUGCAGCAUUGCUCUGCAAAAUAACAGUUGCCUUUUUCUCCUCCAAGGAGCUGAGAUCUGUCUCAUUUGUUUCCUAUAUGAGAAAGCCAAGCCAGGAAUAUAUAGAUGGAGAGUUUAUUUUAAUUUUUUCUAAAGCAUCUCUGGUUAUUAUUAAGUCUGGGAGGUUGAAACUAGGGAAGAAGAUAGCAAAGGGGAAGGGAAAGGGAAAGGUUGGCUUUCUCCUCCUGAGAGGGAAGAUAGAAGGACCCAGUUUUGCUCCCUCCUGCAAAAAAAAAAAAGAAGGCUCCUGCAUGAAACCCUGGAAGGAAAAGCUUGCUCCCUGAACAGCAUCUCAUUGCAACAACCUGUGCGAGUUUCUCAUACACUCCUUACAUGUGAGGCCAGAGAGAGGUCAGGAAAUGAGGAGGGUCACCUGUCUCCUGGCAGGGUAUCUCCUAGUCCUUACGGUGACCAAUGUGGACUGCUUCUCCAGGUCAGGGCACAAAGGGUGCUCCGUGGAAGUAAGAAGCCGCACCAUAUCCUUCCUCACAUCCCAUGCCCAGCCGGUUUAUCAGCCCUAUCUCACUUUGUGCCAGGGAUACAGACUCUGCAGCACGUACAGAACUAUCUACAGGGUUACUCAGCGCCCAACGUAUCGGAAAGUUUCUCAGCCAGUGUACGCCUGCUGUUCGGGAUGGAGAUGGGGAGGUAAAACCCGUAAGCUUGGAUGUAAUAUAGUCUGCCAACCGCCUUGCCAAAAUGGGGGAACAUGUUCACUGCCGAACCAGUGCUCCUGCCCCUCUGGAUGGACUGGAAGCUGUUGCCAGACAGAUGUGGACGAAUGUGCUGGAGGAAGACAUGGGUGCAGCGAGGUUUGCCUCAACGUAGCUGGGAGCUACCGCUGUGCCUGCCAGCCAGGGUACGAACUCCAAGAAGACGGGAAAAGCUGCCAGGCUCAGGUGGUGCCCACGAAGGCCCCCGCCACUCCCAGUCCAGGUGGAACCACCAACCUGAUGGUGCAAGAUGAAGUGAGGGAGCUGAAAAGCAGAAUGGCUGCCCUGGAAGAUAAAUUCCAGCGGAUGUUGGCACCAUUCCUUAAACUGGAGAUACCAGGCACAGAUGGCACGGCCCCUGCUGACCCGCUGGGACUGCUCAUCCAGUCUUUGCAGCAGCUGGACAGAAUAGACUCACUCAGUGAGCAAAUAUCUUUCCUGGAGGAACAGCUGGAGACAUGUUCCUGUAAGAAUGAACGCUGAGAAGGGAAAAGGCAAGAAAAGAACUCCAACGCACCAACCUUUGAUUUCCUUUCUUACUCAGCGUUUCGGCAACAUACAUCUCAAUUGAAUCAUUACUUGAAAUCUCUCCUGGAAUUACAGCAAAGCCAUUGGAAUUAAGAGAUCCCAAAGGCCGGUCGGUGUAACAGGGACAUCCGACAGCCUCUUACAAACACUUCCAUUGAAAUCCAAGACACUGCAAUCAUGGAAUGCAUCAGGGAAACAUUUGCAACUUGUGCCAGAUGCAAGAAUCAACCCCUGCUGAGGUUACGGCAUAUAAAAAGGCACAGUUCAUACGAGGGCUUGAGGGCCUCUGUCCUUGAGUAUUUUUAUAUUACAGCUGUCCUUGCAUUUGUAGGUUUCCGACGGGUGGGUAGGUGGGCAGGGGCUCUGGCUGGUUUGUGAGAUUGAGCCUAUUCACAGAAUUAUAUAUAGAAGGCGAUUGUGGCCAAGCAGCAUCAGUGUAGUCAAGAUGAGAAAAUUCAUUAAUGGGGAAUAACAGACAAAGGAGAGGCUGCAGCAGUUUGCUUUUGCCUGUGCCUACUGGGAAGGGAUAAAUUCUGCCCCCUCUCCUGUCUUGAAGAACCCAAACUAUGUUUGAAUGUAGAUCUGUUUGCAGGGAUUGGGAUAAACAGGACAUGGGGGGGGGGAGAGAAAGAUAAGAGAAUCUAGGACAUUUUAAAAGCUGGGAAAAAUCAGAUAGCAAGGGAUUAAUGGGGACUGUCACUGUCAAAAUCCAGAAAGUUGGAGGAUAUGACUACAACCAUAGCCAGCCUAGGGCAGUGAUUUGAGUAUUGGACUAGAACUCGUGAGAGAUCAGGGUUCAAAUUCCUGCUCAGCCACAGAAACUCACACUGUGUCAAUCAUAGAGGCAACCUCCUUGAACUAAAUUUCGGCAAGGAAAACCUAAGAUAAGGUCUCUGCUAAGUCAGAGUAGACUUGAAUGCACAUGUCAAAUUACUACAACACCCCAAAUGUCUCAGCUGGCCUGGGGAUUAUGGGAGUUGUAGUCACCCCAGCACCAUUUGCAAGCUGUAUUGGAAAUAACCCUCUUGCUGGUGUUUUCCCUUAAUGCAGAUGUUAUACUGUACUCACCACCUGCUUCUAAAAGUGCUUCUCUCUUUGCUUUGUUUUAGUAUUUCUGGCCCUUACCACUGGGAAGUAACUUUUCUCUAAUGGGGGGAUGAAGCCACAUUACAUGUUUCAGCUUUCCUAACCAUGAAUGCAGUUUGGCAGAUGGAUUUUCUAAACCAGCCAAGCAACAUUCUAGUUUAAUGUAGAAAUUCAAUGGCAUUACAGCUUUUUUGGGGAGGCAAGCAAAGGGAAACAAGUUUGCUUAAAGUCUUCCAGGGUACAGCACCUUCCACCGUAGAGGUGCUCCAAAAAGGAAUUUUUGCAAACUUAAAUGGUACAAUUAACUCACUCUUCGGUAACCCUUCUGAGACUCAGAGCCAGUAUGAGAUGUGAUGAGAUCGGGUAUUUCCCCCCUUUUUUAAAAAGUACAUUUCAAUAAAAGUUAUGUCUGUGAAAAA